UCCAAAAUGGCGACCACCAUAGAGAGUAGCAGUGCCGGAGCGGCUAAUAAGAAAAAACAUCUAGGAAUUCCUGAAGCGAUAUUUGUGGAGGAUGUCGACUCCUUUAUGAAGCAGCCUGGCAAUGACACAGCAGAUGCUGUACUGAGGAAGCUUGACGAACAGUACCAGAAGUAUAAAUACAUGGAACUUAACCUGGCUCAGAAAAAAAUGAGGUUGAAAAGUCAGAUUCCGCAAAUCAAGCAGACGUUAGAAAUCUUACGGCACAUGCAAAAGAAAAAGGACACUACAGAUCCGAUGGAAACACAUUACCUAUUGGCUGAUAACGUGUACUGUAAGGCCACUGUCCCGCCCACAGAUAAAGUGUGUUUGUGGCUUGGGGCAAACGUGAUGUUGGAGUAUGAUAUAGAUGAAGCCCAGACACUUCUGGAGAAGAACCUUGCCACAGCCUCACGAAACCUGGAGUCGCUAGAAGAGGACCUGGAUUUCCUCCGAGACCAGUUCACAACCACUGAAGUCAAUAUGGCACGUGUCUAUAACUGGGAUGUCAAGAAGAGGAGCAAAGACAACCUCCUUAAGUCAUCUGAGAGGUCUUAGGGGAGGGGACUUGCCCCUACCCACCAGUUUCUUCCCUACCAAGACGAAAUCAGGUCUCCACACAGAAAGGACCCGGACCGCCCCACCUGGGGAUCGAACUCAGGACCUUCUUGCUGUGAGGCGACACUGCUACUCACUGAGCCACUGUGCAACCCUGUAGUAGAAUGUAAAUGUAAUAAAGUAUGGAAACUGAUGUAAUAGUGA